GAGUUCUUCUUUUCUCAAGAUCAUAUUACACUUCCAAAGCCGACAAUAUCUUUGACCAAUUGUUACUAUCUCUACUUCCUACUUUUUAGUGCCAAUCCCAGCCGCAAGGCUCCUCCCGCCACAUAAUGGAUGACUUCGACAUCGAGAUGGGCGACGCGGUGGACGUCCCUAUGGAAGAGCCCGAAGUUGCAGACAUCCUCAUUGGCGAUGACCUACAGGAGGACGGCGAGAUCGAAGAGCCCGUGAACGGCGGCGCAACCGACGGCGAAGCGCAGCAGCUUGUCCUCAACAAAGUGCACAUCCGCGGCCUCGACCUGAUCGACCAGGACCAGCUCAAGGCCUACAUCGCCGCUCAAGUCGGCGGCAAGGGCGCCGACCGCAUCGAAUGGGUCAACGACACGUCCGCAAACCUCGUCUUCUCCACCGACAGCGCCGCGCAAGACGCCCUCCUGGCGCUGUGCGCCGUCGAGAUUGCAGACGCAACUCAGCUCCCGCCGGGCGAGGUCCUCCCCGCCAAGCCCGUCCCAGAGAAGCCCGACAUCGCGCUGCAGGUGCGCUUUGCGCUGGAGAGCGACAGGAAGGAGCGCGGGGCUGCGCAGAAGAGCCGGUUCUACCUGUUUCACCCGGAGUGGGACCCAGAGACGGAUGAGGGCAGACGUAAGAGGGACAGGCAGUACCGUGAUCGGCGUGACCGGCGCGAUGACCGGCGCGAUGACAGAGGACGGUACAGGCGAGGCGGCAGCGGCAGAGGUCUAUACGAUGAGCACGACGAGCCGGAGCCAUUUGAUGUCAACCUUUACGACGAUGACGCGGGUGCGCUGGCGAGGCGAGCGAGGACCUCACCGCCACCACGACCACGACAGGCAGAUCGAGGUCGGAGGUACGGCUCGCGGUCGCCGUCUCCGCGCGCAGGCAAUGAUCGCCACCGCUCCAGGAACAGAGACAAAGAGCUCUUCCCGAGCGAUCGAACGAGAGACCCCCUGCGCUCGGAGCGCGGGGCCUACGAGCGUGGUCGGUCGGCUUCGCCUACGAGAGACGAUCGAGAUGCGAUGGAGGCCGACCUUGCUCGCGACAGAGAGGCGGUGCGAAACAACCGAGAGAAAGCCCGAUCGAUCAAGGAGCGCAUCUACAGCAAAGGCAGCGACGGGAAAAACAACAACGGACCCAAAGAGCUAUUCCCCGCCGGCAGGGGCACGAGAGACCUGACAACAGGCGCGAGCAGGGCAGCGAUGGACCAGGUGCCAGCUGAUGUGCUUGAGGGUAUGAGAUGUCUUUCUUAUGACGGCGCUGUCGAGUUACUCGACGAGCGCAUCCCUUCUUCGUCUUCUUUUUCGACCGUCAGAGCAAAGCGCGACAAUAUGGUAACACCUACAAAUGCAGAUCAAAACACCAAAGGCACACUGUCGAUACGUGGUACGGCGCGUCAGAGCAGCCAGGGAUCAGGGAUUUUGACGAUCAAGGGUACGGCGAAGUCGGUCAAGGAGCUGUUCCCGAAUAAAUUCAACGACGACAGUAGCAACGUCUCUCAGAAUGUCGGCAGGGAAUUGUUCGCCGAGCAGCCAGGCCGCAGACGGCAGAGGGCGGGAGAUUUAUUCGACUGA